AUGUUCAAACACUUCGCUAAAAGGACGUUCAGCAAAUCCAUUAUUUCCAUGACAACGAAAGGUACGUCUGGUGCGGUAGCAGACCGCAUUGAGUGGAAGGUUAGACAACGGUUCCUCGACCUUACUCAUUUUAUUCUAUAUAAUGACUCUCACAAACAUAGGGGUCAUAUGGGGAUUGCAGAUGCAGAAAAUAAGGCUGAGUCGCACUUCAGAUUAGAAGUUGUGAGCGAUCAAUUUCAGGGUAUGAGUCUUCCUCAGAGACACAGACUGAUGUACUCUCUUUUGGAUGAGGAAUUAACAACUUAUGGCGUCCAUGCUUUACAGUUAACCACCAGCACCGUUGAUGAGCAUGCAAAAAAGGCGGCAGAUUAG